GCGUUUUUCAAGUUUUCGAAUUUCCUCGAAAUACAUUGAUAUGGAGAGCUGAGAAACCCACCGAGUUCACCUUAAAAGUAAAUGAUGCACUGAAACAAGACUGGUUAGCCAGGAGAGUGGUGAUGGGCACUGACCAGACACAGCUGGACACUGCUGUCCUGGAGAGGAGACUUUCAGAACAGUUCCUGGCUACUGACCUGAGGUGGAGCUUAUUCGUAGCAGCGUUGUACAGUUACAGAUUUGACACAGUUCUCAAACCUUUCCCUUCCCAGUUCUUGAAGGAAAAUGGGGAAAAAGAUAUGAAAAAGCUGGAGAGGACAGUUGACAAGGUACCAAAAUUGAGCGAGUUGAAAUCUUGCAGCAUUGAGAUACAGGGUUUAUUGUCAUGGGUCACAGACGUGAAGAAUUUCUCCAUCAUAAUGACGGAGUUAUCAAAGUUUGAUGAAAUCCAGGCUCUAACAAAGGACAGUGGAGUUUCUGCAGUGAGGCCAAACUUUGUCUUUGAGUUGACCUACUCACAGGCCGCAGAUGCUAAAUUUCAGGAUGUCAGGAAUGGUAGAGAUCUCUUUUAUGCCUAUCAUGGAAGUCGACUGGAAAAUUUUCAUUCUAUACUGCAUCAUGGAUUAGCAUCACAUUUGAAUAAGGUGGGUGUGUUUGGAGAGGGGACUUAUCUCUCCAGUGAGCUCUCGGUGUCCCUGCACUACAGCCCCAUGGGGAGGAGCUGGGAGAGAAGCAGUCUCGGGGACAAAUUAAGCUGUGUGGCGGUCUGUGAGAUGAUUGAUGACCCAUCUGUAAAAUGUCAGGUCAAGGACAAUAACAACAGAUCUCGUGCAGGAGAUAGCAUGGCAGGAAAAGUGCCAGACAAAUACUACAUUGUACAGAAUAAUGAUGUGAUCCGAGUCAAAUAUCUCCUGGUCUACUGCCAAAAAUCAGUCUCCCAAAGGGGAUCAACGUCUGCCCUUCGAUCCUGGUGUUUCAGACACAAGUUCCUGCUGAUGAUGAUAAUGUAUGCAUUAAUCCUAAUCAUUGUGGGACUGGCAAACUCAAAGACCUUCCGCUACCAACUCAAGAAGUUUGGCAUGUUCAAACAGAGAUAAGACUAUAUUGAACCAAAGACCUUCCGUUACCAACUCAAGGAGUUCGGCAAGCUCAGAGACAAGACCAUAUUGGACCAAAGACUUUUUGUUACUUGAUUUAUUCAACAUGUUCAAACAUAGAAGAGACUAUAUUGAACUGAAGACUUUCUGCUACUAACUCAGGAUGUUCAGCAUGCAUAAUGUUCAAACAUAGAGGAGACUAUAUUGAACAGUUUCCUCAGUACAUAACCUUAGAGUAGACUUCAGAACAUUACGGGAAGUUAUCUUACAUUUAACUUGGGCAUUUAUUUGUCAUGUCGAAUUGAGAUGGAUUUUUUAAAAUGAUCACUUUGGUCAACCAAAUCCUUCACUUUACUGUAAUGAAAAAAGAAUCCCAUCAUUCUGCCAUCUCUUUCUAACUACAUAUCAAUGUAGUCUUAUAUGAUAUAUACACAUAAUGGCAUUAUUUCUGGAAAUUGUGUCUCAAGUGAUUCACUUCAAGCAAAGCAGUAUUUUACCUUGUCCAGAAGAAGUACAACAAUCUUAAGUACAAGUAGACCUGGAAAAAAGAAUGUAAUAUUCAUAAUGUACCUCAUUUUGUAGAUCUUUGAUCAUCUGAUAAAUAUAAGUUUAUGAUAACUCUGCUUGAUUAAAUGCUUCUGUGUAAUCUUCGACAGUCCAUGAACUCCAUGUCCUCUUUCUGGAGUGUACCCAGAAUCCUCCUCGUCCGAUGGUUUUCUACCACAUCUUUAGCCAUCGUAAACCAUUCCUGAAUGUUUUUGGGAUCCAUGGAUGUGGCUCAUUGACAGACAAUGAAAUCUUCAAAAUCUGUCCUCCUGUCUUUUCCAGUCGCCUGACAACAGCUGGCCUUUUCCCUCCAUUUUUUCUUUUCCGAGUCCAUCUGUUUUGUGCACCCCUUUUUCUUGUUUUCCUUUUCAUUGCAGUAUCAAUAGCAGUAGUGACAAUUUUUUAGGAGCUAAGCUCGUUUCCACAUCAACAGCUAAAAAGUACAUGUCUAUUGAUUUGAACUGCACCACAAUGUGGGCAAAAGAUCUGGUUUUCAUUACCAGGUAACCAAUUUUUAUUGGUUAUUCAUGGGAAAUGCAUGCAAGUCAUGGGCAAAAACAGGGACUUGGUCUCGUAUAUAUUAGAUGUAUACCGUGUUUUUCAAGUUAACUUGAAAAUUAUAUAUAGCUCAUUUUCUGAACAAUCAGUUUUAAAUACCGGUAUUUUUGUUUUUCCCUGUGUUAUUUUUAAAACGAAAGAUCAAAUUACAUAGAGUUGUCUUUUUUUCUUCUUUUUUUUUUUGUGUUUUUUUUUUACAAUACUCACUCUGUUCUUGUUUAAGGAGGUAUGCUACACCAGAGAAAUUUGUCAGCCAUUAUGACGAUGUAGAGUAUCUCCUUAAUUUGAUUUGACUACAAUUUUUUUGUUACACGUGUUUUUCAAUUGUUACAAAUGUGUGAAUCUGACACAAUGAAAAAUUAUUGUACUAGUUUGGUAAUGUACAUCUCUAUAUAUACUAAUAUACUCUAAAGUACAUGUAGAUCUCUAGAGUCUGUAGGGAUAUCCAAGAUUUUCAUUGUAGUGUUUCACAAACACAUCUUGUUUGUCUAGAGGAUUUCACAUUAAUUUUUUUCAACUCAUUUUAGCUUUAAAAAUCCUCUCCUCAAGUGUCACCAAGGAAUCACACCAUGCCCCUCCCCCUCCCCCUAAGUUAUGCGAGGCCACAAGAGGGGGAACCAUAAAAUGCAAUAGCUCAGAUGAGCAUUGUGGCCCAUGGAUCUCCUAUUGUUUCUGAUAUAGCCUUGCAAAGAUUUUCACCAAAUUGAGAAAAUUCUUUUACUGAACAAUGUUGUUCUUAGAUUUGUGAAGAAAGAUAGGAGAUCUUCUUGAACAUAUUAGAAAUCCAUUGUUUUGAUCUCGUGACAUUUCUUUUGAAUUUGUUUCAAUUGUAGCUCUGCAAUAUCAAGAAACAUGUCCCUAUAGAAAACAUUAUCCAUGUAUUACUGUAUGUAUGGUUAUGUUCACCUUUCUACACUUGUUGAUGAUUUUCUUCCAUUUUAAAUUCACCCAGACAUAGCUGUGUUAAAGAGAGAUAUGAGAAAAAAACAAUUUUCGUCCAGUCUUAAAUUCGCCCACUGACAACAAGAGCGAAAAUAAAAUGGGGGGGGGGGGGGGGUGUAUUUCCCUGUAUACAGUAUGGAGAAUACCCAUUAUUAGUCUCCCUGAUGCUGAGGUUAAAUAUGUGAAUGCAUCAGAGUGUAUUUGUGUAUGCAACUAGUGGUCAGUUACCAUUGAGUUUUUAAUUUUUUACAUGUUCGACUUCAUACAUGUACCGUAAUUAAUCAUUUCAACACAAAAUGUUUAAAUAGAAUUUUAUUUGAUAAAUACAUAAUCAAACAUCUUGAUUUAUAUUUAAAAGUAAAAAAUAGGAAAGUAUCAAAGAAGUUAAUUUCUGACAAUGUAAAUGAAUGGUGAUUAGAAAUCUGGAAGACCAUCAAACAUCUUGGGAGUAUUCUCUCAAUUUACAUCCAUGAAAAAACAAUGCAGUGCGAAAUAGAAAACAGAAUUUAAUAUUGAAAUGUCUUAUUUAAUUACAACUUAUUGUGCCACAUUUCAUUUGUUUUAAGAUGUUCAAUAAAAACUAUCACAAGUUC